AUGGCAGUAUCUUCAUUAAACUUGGGUACAUCAAUGAGUAUUUUCAGUUCACAAAUUCUCUACGAACAGAAGAUCAUAGAUCAGACAAUAGAUACAAGAAUAAACCUUGCAUAUGGGCUUGCAAGGCAAUGGUUUGGAGUUUAUAUCACUGCAGAAGCACCAAAUGAUGAAUGGUUAUUAGAUGGACUUGCAGGGUUAAGCACUAAACAUGGGCAUCUAUGUUUUUAUGGAAAUUGUGUUGUCUGUAAAGCAGAUGAUAGUUCUGCAACUGCUUUAAGCUCCUUUGAUGCUUCCAAAGCUUUGUAUGGAACACAAGCAUUGGUUUUUACGGAAACAUUUGUGCUUGGAAAUCUUCUAGAAAAGAAACAAAUCUUAAGCAUACAACCCUUUAUCCAGACAGACAGACAUCAGUACCCAUUCAGACACUUUAUCCAUACAAGACUUUUAAUGGUUGCAGUUCUCCAAAUGUUGGAAAAACAGAUGGGCCUCGAGUUAUAUUGUAAUGUUUUGAAGAAUCUGGUUGCACCUCCUAAAGAUACAACUCGUCCUUUGAGAACUCUCAGCCCAAAAGAGUUGGAAAUCUCGAACGCGCAUUUCUCAGAUAAUUUUUCCCUUGUUGGGAUGGGGUUUUCAUAUAACAAAAGGAAAAACCUAGAGGAAUUAGCUGCAUUGCGUGGAUGGACAUCAACACCAGAUUCGAACAAUUCGAAAGUUGAGUUUGUGAAGCGAGAAGGUGAUGCUGGAUGGCCUGGAAUGAUGAGCAUACUGGUGCAUGAACUUGAUGGAAUGUAUGACCAUCCAGUUUUACCAAUGGUAGGAGAAACAUGAUAGUUAUUGGAAAUACAAUGCCAUUCCAAACUUGCUUCCAAAUGUUUCCAAAAACCUGAAAGAGGUUCAAAGCAGCAUGAUGGUUCUGAUGAUAAUGUAGAUACAGUUGCCUCUGCCGAUAUGCGUUCAAACUGCAAUGAUUCCACCUUGCAAUGGCUGAGGGCAGAUCCCGAAAUCGAGUAUCUUGCUAAGAUUCAUUUUAAUUAACCAAUACAGAUGUGGAUAAAUCAAUUGGAGAAGGAUUAAGAUGUUGUGGAUCAAGCACAAUCAAUCACAACACUAGAGUUGUUCUCCUC